AUGAAAAGAUCAUUUUCUCAUCCUAUAAAAAGAAUUACUACUUUUUAUAAGUCAGCAAGAUUAAGAUCAGAAUCCUGGAUUCCAUCACCCAUUAGAGUUUCGAUAACUUAGUUUCCCAUCUUAAGAAGCAGCCUUCAAUUUCCUAAUUAGAACCACUAAUAAUAUUGCCAUAAUCAUAUUGAUAAUUGUAAUGAUUUAAUGAAAAAUGAACUCCAUAGCAAGAUAGAAGAAAUUGAUAAUUUGAAAAAGAAAAUUAUUAUUUCAUUAGAAACAAUAGAGAAAUAAGAUGAAAUCAUUUAGGAAUGGUAAUAGAAAUAUUAAGAAUAAGAAAAAUUGCAUAAUAGAGAAAUCGCAUAAUUAAAAAGUAAUCUAGAUAAUUCAAUAUUUGAUGACCCUUAAAUUGAUAUUAUAGAAUAGCCUAUUGAUAAUAGUCAUCAUAAAGUAGUGGAUGAUUUAUAAAUUAUUUAAGAAGAAAGCGAAUGUCCUUAGAUUAAAAGUCUAAACUAGUCUGUUGCAUAAAAUUUAAAAUUUUAUGAAAUUAUUAAUGCUCUCAAUAAGUUCAAUUUAGAUGAAUCACCAGUAAGAGAAUAAUUAGAAAUUAAUGAAUCCUAUGUUGUAUAAAGAAUCAACACAUUAAUAGAUUUUAUUCAUAAAUUAGAGACAGAACUUGAUGAUUGGAAAUGUAAUUAUUGGAAUCUUGAAAAGAAACUCAACUCCCAAUUAAAAGAUAACUUCAUUUAAUAAGGAUCUCGGGAAAUUGAAAUAGAAUUUGAUUUUGAUAAAAAUUAAUUGGUUAAAGCCAUUUAAUCAAACAGUAGAAGAUCACUGUAAGCUGAAACCUCUGCCUUGUAAUUAGAAAUAAAACGAUUGCAAGAAUUAAAUAGUUAAUUAUAGUAUUAGUAGAAGAGUCAAGCUAAAUAAGUUUUAGAAUCUCUAAUAAAUAAGCAAAAGAAAACAAAUAGAAAGAAGAAUUUAACUCACAUUCCGGAGCCUUCAAAUAAACAUUUGGCUUAGGUUUCAAUUCCUCAUAAAAAUAGUCAUAAUAACACUCAAAAGAAGAGUCAUCCUACUUAAUAAGGAUCUCCAUAUUAAUAAAGAAAUAAUCAAUAAAUUAAUUAAUAUUUCAGUCAUUAUUUUUAAUAGCAAAGAGUUCAACCUACACAACAUUACUCUCCAAUAAUUUUGACUAAAUUUUAAUAGAUAGCAACUAAGUAACAAAUAGGAAUUAAUUAUCUUAAAGAUACGUCAACAGAUCAUUACUAUAAUGUGAACAUUCAUCAGACUCCAAUCGUAGUUAAAUAAUCUAGUUUGAGUCCUUACUAAAAAUCAGGAAGCAAAUUUAUUUAAUUUUGA